AUGUCAUUGUUUGUGUCAUACAUACGCAGUGUUAUUUUCAAUUUGUAAUAUUUUGGUGCAUUAAGUACAUAAUACAUAAUGAAAACAUAAAUAAAUAAACAUUGUAAUGUAGGAACACCUGUAAUAAAAAGACAGCUGAACCGGAGAAGCUUAUUACCAAAAUGACGGAUUCAAGUUCGUUCACAUCUCUGCUGGCUUUGGUGGACAGCCACCUGUCCAAAACCAGCAUUCAAGGCCAAUCUGAAGGGGCCAGCCACAGCCUCAGUGACCACAUCCAAAUCCCACGGCUUGCCGGGCAGAUUGGUGUCCAGUCUGACACCAAAUUGACACCGCCCGGCCACCGAAUCAACAUACCCACAUUCCAGUUAGGUUCUAGCCCCAUCGACAAUGUUCUCGCUCAUCAAUUAUCAAACAUGCUCAAGGCCAAAGAGCUCAAACGGCAGCAGGAAGAGGAGCAGCAGCGACUAGUCGAAGAAACCCGUCGACUUAAAUUAGAGGAAGACAAAUGUGUUAUAGAUCUCAUGCAAGCAUUGCAGACACCGUACAAGCCUGAACCAAAGAAAGAAGUCAUCAGUACUGCCAGUUCUUUUGAAGACCUCUUUGAACCGAACUUUAUUGAGGAAUGCCCUGAGGAAGUGCAGAUGAAAACCCCUGAGCCUCUACUCCCGUUAACAACAGACAUGUCGUAUAUGCUUCGGCAAAAAGUAAAGAGAGGUAAAUGCUCGCAGUUUGGUAAAGUCCUCACAUCCCGCUUAAAGCCUGUAGCCGCUCCGUACUUGCAUGAGAUGAUCGAGAGCAAAAUUGUGCGUUUUAAAUUUGACACUCCAUCGCCCUGUGAUUUGAUAAAGGAGAAGUUACGCAAGCCAACAUCCUACAACACUUAUAACUUUAAUAUAUUUGACAUGAUAUAGGGAAGACAAAGACCGGCCAGUUUUGGGCGGUCGAAACAAGCUUCGGGGAUAAUCUGCAAGCGCAGGCCAGCUCAUGUAAUAUCGAGUCUUGUCUGCAGGAACGCAGCGCAUCAGUGCAGGCGCCGCAGGUACUUGUCACCUUUUAAAUCCUAAAAUCCAGUCCUGAAUGUCGUGAUGCGAAAAAUUAUGAUUUUUAUUUGACAACAUUUCAAUUUUCUGACCCUAUCAUUUUAUUGGUUCUUUACAUUUUAAUUGAGACGAGGAAUACGCUAAUAGUUUAUUUUUUUUUACUAGGUUUUGUAUUUAAUUUUUUUUUUUAUGUACUUAUUCUAAAAUGGCGUAACUCCAGUUCUACACUAGAAGUUAGUUCUUAUCUCUUUAGAAAAAAAAAAACAUGACUUAAUUAAUCUGACGACGGAUCGACGGAUAAAUACUAACGAAUGUAAUGUAAUUAAAUGUUUGUACCGAUAUCUUCAACGAAUCAUUAUUGCUAUUUUUGCAGUAGGUAAGGGACGAAACAGUGUUUGGUAUACUUUGGAGGAGUAUAUACCUCAUCGAUCUAUACGACUCUGUCCAUUUUAAAAAAGGUUUAUUAGAUAGUAACUUGAUUAUAUAAAUAAAUUUGUCUUUGUUUUGAAAUUCAAUCAAUACGUCGUAUUUAAUUGACAAUGUCAAAUCCAAUAUUGUGACAGCUAAUUUUUUUUUGUGAUUAAUGGCAUUUCACGUAUCGUGCCGUAGAA